AUGGAGGACGUAUUGGAAUCUGACGUAUUGGAAUCUGACGAGAAAUCUGUUAGGGAUCCCAACGCCAACAACCGGUACCCCAAUUGGUAUAAUCACAUCACUCACACAGUGAACGGCCCGAUGAAUGUAGUCGAGUUGAUAGUGUCCUACCAUCGGGAGCCACAACACGGUCACGCCAUCCUUGUCCUCCUCACACUAUAUGUACUCUAUUUCCUUCUGUUGCUAUUUAUGGGCACUUUUGUCGAUCUAUGGAUUUAUCCAUUUCUCGCUAAACUCUAUUGGAGUCAACGGAUUAUGUUUGCCGUCGUUUGCGGAAUCGUUUUAAUCAUUUUCUAUAUCUCCGGUGUAUUUCUCAACAAAUUAUUUUGGCCUCCGAUUAGAGUCAAAGCAUUCGCACGACUUUACGACCCGACCAUCAAAUAG